AUGAAACAAUAUUGCGGCUUUAAGGUAUUCCCUGAACUUAAGAGUUGGUUCUAUGACCAAGUCAAGGAGUUGAGAGAAAGGUGUAAGGAGCUUCCUGACGAGUAUUUCGUGGUGCUUGUUGGUGAUAUGAUCACUGAAGAAGCACUUCCUACUUACCAGACCAUGUUGAAUACGUUGGAUGGUGUUAGGGAUGAGACGGGAGCGAGUCCUACUCCUUGGGCGAUUUGGACUAGGGCUUGGACUGCUGAAGAGAAUAGGCAUGGGGAUUUGCUUAAUAAGUAUCUUUAUUUGUCUGGGAGAGUUGAUAUGAGGCAGAUUGAGAAGACUAUUCAGUACCUUAUUGGUUCUGGAAUGGAUCCAAAAACUGAAAACAACCCUUACUUGGGUUUCAUCUACACUUCCUUUCAAGAAAUAGCGACUUUCAUAUCUCAUGGAAACACUGCUAGACACGCGAAAGAUCUUGGAGAUUUGAAGCUUGCGCAGAUAUGCGGGACCAUUGCUGCUGAUGAGAAACGGCAUGAGACUGCUUACACCAAGAUUGUAGAGAAGCUCUUUGAAAUUGGCGCUGAUGGCACCAUCUUGGGAUUGGCUGAUAUGAUGAAGAAAAAGAUCUCAAUGCCUGCACAUUUAAUGUAUGAUGGCCAAGAUGAUAACCUGUUUGAGCACUUCUCAACCGUUGCUCAGAGGCUUGGUGUUUACACUGCCAAGGAUUAUGCUGAUAUUCUAGAGUUUCUUGUUGAACGGUGGAACGUUGAGACUCUGCCAGGCCUUUCUAGUGAAGGACACAGGGCCCAGGACUUUGUCUGCGGAUUACCUGCAAGAAUACGAAGAAUUGAAGAGAGAGCUCAAGGAAGAGCUAAAGAAGCAGCCAAAAACGUACCGUUCAGCUGGAUUUUUGGUCGAGAGAUUAUGGCUUAA